AUGAGCGCGGCCCCAGCGUUCGAGCAGCAGCAGGCCGCGGAGCUUUUCGCCACCGAGGGCGACUCGGGGCCGUCCGUCAUCAACCGCUUCGUCCAGACGCUGGCGAGAUCCAGGUUCGUCGCCACUCGGAGCUGUCCCGAGCUGGAGCCGGAAGCGUUCCCGCUCCUGACGAGGCUCUACGGCAAGCCGGCCGUCCCGCUCCGCCUGCUGCCGCCGCAGCCCGACGGAACGCGCGGCGUCAGCAGGAGCACAGAGGACGACUCGACCAUGCAGUGGCUCGACGCGCAGCCCGCCAAGUCGGUCGUGUACGCUGCUUUGGGAACCGAGGCGCCGCUGCGUGUCGAGCUGCUCCGCGAGCUUGCCCACGGCCUGGAGCUCGCCGGGACGCGCUUCCUCUGGGCCCUCAGGACCCCGGCCGGCGUCCAAGAAGACAGCAUCAUACCCGACGGGUUCGUGGAGCGCACCGGCGACCGUGGGCUCGUGACGACGCGGUGGGUUCCUCAGGUCAGAGUGCUGGCGCACGGCGCCGUCGGCGCGUUCCUGACGCACUGCGGGUGGGGUUCCAUCGUCGAGGGGCUCCAGUUCGGGCAUCCGCUGAUCAUGCUGCCCAUCUUCGGCGACCAAAGCCCCAACGCGCGGCUCAUGGAGGAGUGGAAGGUCGGAUUGCAGGUGACGAGGAACGAGACGGACGGAUCUUUCGACCGACACGGCGUUGCCGGAGCAGUUCGGGCCGUCGCGGUGGAGGAGGGGAAGGUGUUGGCGACCAACACUAGGAAGCUGCAGCACAUCGUGGCGGACAGAGCGUGCCAAGAGAGGUGCAUCGACGUGUUUAUUCAGCAUUUGAGAUCCUGCAAGGGGUGA